UUUAGAUGAUGGAAGACACUGAGAUCUAUAAUGAACUUAAUAAUUAUGAUAGUGGCAAACAGAAUGACUUUCUUCAACCUAAAAUUUCUCCUUAUGAAGAACACUGGGGAACGCUGCUAAACUUCUUGGAUGAUUCCAAUAUUGAUGAAGCAACUCUUUCUAAAAUGACUGAAACAGAAGAAGAAAUUAGUUUGAAUCAGGAUAUUCAGGAAGAAGUUAUUGAGACCAAACCCAGAAAUAUGGCAGAGGUUUACAAACAGAAUAGCAAGAAAUUAGUUGAAGACAGACAAGACGAUAAUGAGGAAGAUUAUGUAUACCAGUCUAAGAAAAAGGCAGUUGUCAUGAUUCGAAAUAAAACAAGCUCUCAGAUGAAAGAAGAUCCAAUGAACUUGUCGGUAAAUAACCCAACUGCAGCUCAAAGUUAUUCUAAGAACGAUUAUACCGCCGAUAGUAGAGGAGGAAUUGGAGGAACUCCAGCUCCAACUUCUGUCAAGAUCGGAGUUUCAAAUUUAUCCUCUAACUAUAAGAAAUCCACCUUUUCGAGGAAGAAAAUUACAGGGAAUGGAGGAGGUUUAAGUGUUUACAAGCAGAAAGCCAAAAAGGAGCCGACCAAUAACUUUAUGAUGAGUGAUAAGGCUAUUAAAGAAAAUCAUUUGCUCAGAUCAAUGAAGAAGCUUAAGCAGCAAGACGACAAAACAGCUGCCAACAGAGUUGGAGUAGGAGGUGGGAAAAAUGAGAAUUUUAACAGAAUGACAACUCAACUAAGCACAGUUAGAAGGAGAUAUGGAGUCCGGACUAAAGAGACCAGGCCAAACACAAGAGAGCAGAAAAUGCUAGAUCAAAUGUAUCAAAGACAAGGGGAUGAUGAAAUGCCUGGAGAUUUAAAAUCCCAGUUUGGAGGUAUUCCUCCAUCCCAACUUCUUGCUAUGAAGAAAGGAGAACAAUGGAUGAGAAAGAGAAAUAUGCUCCUCAAAACAGAAGUUAAUAGAAAGCAUAUCGAAUUUGCUAAAAAUCUAUUCUUGAGUUGGGAUGAUUCAGGAAACGGGGAGUUAAAUCCUGAUGAAAUCAAAAAGCCCUUUAUCUCAAUGGGGCUCUCAGCUGAUUCAAAAUUUGCUUCAAAACUCUUUGAAGCAUUAGCUUCUGGGAACAAAAGGAAAAAGAAGGCAGAUCUGAAGCUGACUCUUCAAGACUUCAUCAAAAUUUUCAAAUCGGAUAAAUUUAGCGAACAGAUCUCACAGAUGAUUAGGAAGGAAAUAGACAAUGGAAAUAAUGCUAAAAUAAAUUUAUCGCAUACAAAGCCAUUUAUGGAACAGCAUUUAGACCCAAAUUCAUCAAAGAGGAGCAAAAAGAAUGUGACUAUCUCGAUGAAGAAUGAAAAUGGAAUUGUAGAAAUCCCUCUUGAUCCUAGUAUGAAAGGGCAGUUUAACGUCUACAAAAGAGAAUCUACAGAAAACGGUCAUGUCAGUAGCAAGAAAAUCAUCAAGAUUGAUGAGAAGCGAGACACUCUCAUUGAAGAAAAUAUUAAGGAAAGGGCUGAUGACCAGAGAUCAUUCGAUGCCAAGGAGAAUAUCAACGAUACAAGCCAAAGUCAAUUUCUUCCUAAUGAUAGAGAAAUUAUGGAGCAGUUUAAUAAAACUUCUUCACUUACUGACCAGAUGAAGAUUGUGAAAAAGUGGUGGAAUGAAAUGGGAGACUCUUCUUCUAAUACAAUGCAUCUGAGACAAAAUGACUAUAUUAGCAAACCUAUCAAAGUUGUUGCUAGUUUCAUGACUCAAAAAGGCAUUACACCAGAUAUCGAGAAAGCUAAGAAUGUAAUCUAUAAAGCACAACUAGGAAGAGAUAAGAGACAAGUUGUCACUUUUGAUGAGUUUAACAGAAUUUUCUGUAAAGGAAUCUUUAAAGAUGCCCUGAUUAAUGUGGUUGAAUCUAUUGACAAAGACAAUCAAAUAAAUAAUGAUAGCCUACCUCUGAGUGUCAAAAUCAGCCAAUACAAAAGAGGUCUCAUGAUAGAUGGACUUAUGAAAGAAAAGAGUAGAUAUGAAGAUGGUAAAGCAAUCCUUGAAGCCCUUAAUGCUUUGAAAAGAGAAGAGGACCCUAACUACCAUAUGGACGAGAUGCAACUCAGAGCUUUCAUGGAAGAUCCUUAUGACAAAAGAGCAAGAGAAAGAGAAGCUUCUUUAAGACAUGCUCAGUUCAAUCCUUUCGUACGAACAUUUGAAGAUGAUUAUAUCAACUCUAUUAAAAUUAUUGACCCUCCUACAAAUGAUGAAACACAAAGAACUAAUUUCAAAAACUGGAAGAAUACAGGAGUAGAUGAAGAUGUGAACGAGACAUUCUUCGAAGAAAAACAAAAUUAUUUAUCUAAACUUAAGGAAGAAGAAGACCGUGAAAAUAGGAGAAGAAAGGAAGCAGGAUUUGCGGACCUGAAGAAAAUUCAAAAGAGGCCAACUUUGAUAGGAGUAGCAGAUAAAAUCGUCCAUUCUUUACAAAACGAUAAACCAUACAGACCUCCUGCUGCUCUCAAACAUGACCCAAAUCCAAAGAUUAGCGUCCCUAAUCACUACUACUCCGCCGAUAGACAGACACGACUCGGCGAACAGAGCGAUCUCCUAUCCCGCUUCCAAAAAGUAGUAAUGCACGAUCCCUACAUAAACCAUACCUCUGCCUAACUUUCAACCCUUA